GAACAGUGCCUGAAGCAGGUCCACCAUGCCGUUAGUAACGAGGAACAUUGAGCCAAGGCACCUGUGCCGUCAGACGUUGCCUAGCGUUCGAAGCGAGCUGGAAUGCAUGACCAACAUCACCCUGGCAAAUGUCAUUCGACAGCUGGGCAGCCUGAGUAAAUUUGCAGAAGACAUAUUUGGAGAGUUGUUUACUCAAGCCAACACCUUCGCCUCUCGGGUGAGCGUUCUGGUCGAGAGAGUUGACCGCUUGCAAGUCAAAGUCACUCAGCUGGAUCCCAAAGAGGAAGAAGUCUCCCUGCAAGGCAUUAACACCAGGAAGGCCUUCAAAAGCUCCACUACUCAGGACCAGAAGCUCUUUGACAGAGAUUCUCUCCCCGUGCCUGUCCUUGAAACCUAUAGGACCUGCAAUACUCCUCCACCUCUCAACAUUCUCUCACCGUACAGGGAUGAUGGCAAAGAGGCACUUAAAUUCUACACGGAUCCUUCGUAUUUCUUUGACCUUUGGAAAGAGAAAAUGCUUCAGGACACCAAGGAUAUUAUGAAAGAGAAGCGGAAACAUAGGAAAGAGAAAAAAGAGAAUCCGAACCGAGGAAAUGUGAAUCCACGGAAAAUCAAAACCCGGAAAGAAGAGUGGGAGAAGCUGAAAAUGGGACAAGAAUUUGUUGAGUCAAAGGACAAACAUGGUCCUGCUGGGUACCCCUCUAACAUGGUGUAUCAGAAUGGCAGCAUCGGUUCAAACGAAAGCAUGGACGUGAACUGCUACCCGCCACCACCACAGACUGACUCUAUUGUGCCACCACCUCCUUCAUUCCCAGAUGACAGCCUGCCUCCACCCCCGGUGGAAUUUAGCUAUCCUGUAGACAACCAAAGAGGUUCUGGUUCUGGAGGGACCAAACGAUCCCCCCCGCCCCCCCCACCACUGAUGGGAGGCACCCCCCCUCCACCACCUCCCAUGGGCUUCCCAUCCCCGGGAACCCCACCACCACCCUCGCCCCCUUCUUUCCCUCCUCACCCCGAGUUUGCUGCCCCACCACCGCCACCGCCCCCUCCAGCAGUCGAAUAUGCCAGUGUGCUCCCACCUCCGCUGCCACAGCCGGGCAGUGGGAGUGCGCCGCCUCCCCCUCCACCACCGCCGCCUCCUGGCCCACCGCCUCUGUCUUCCAAUGUCCUGGAUGGUCCCCCACCCCCUCCUCCACCCGCAGACACCUCCGCCUCCAAGCCCAAGUCAUCCUUGCCUGCGGUUAGCGAUGCCAGGAGUGAUCUGCUUUCAGCUAUUCGUCAAGGCUUCCAGCUCCGCAAGGUGGAGGAGCAGCGGGAACAGGAGAAGCGGGACGUUGUGGGCAAUGAUGUGGCAACGAUCCUGUCGCGCCGCAUCGCUGUGGAGUACAGCGACUCUGAGGACGACUCUUCGGAGUUCGAUGAGGACGAAUGGUCGGAUUAACCACAGUCCUGUCCCCUUCUUCCCCUUCUCUCCUGGGUUAACAUCUUCUUAAAGAAUCAGGUGGCCAAACCUUCCACCGCUUCCUUUUUCAUCCCGUAACCAAAGAUGUGCCAGGGUUUUCAGACAGCCAGCAGCAUAUCUCCCCUCUCCCUCCCCCUCUGGCUUUGGCAGGACUUUGUGCUCUGCCUUUCCAAAAGGUCUCCUCACGGACACUGAGGAUGCGGUGUUGGGAUUUAGCUGGAGGGGGUGUAACGGUUGCUUAUUUAAAAGAGAGCUAAACCUCCAGCUUCUCGAUGCCACCAGGCAGAGCACAUCUAAACCCUACAUCCUGAGGGAUUUUUAAAGUAAAGAUGGAUGAUCCUGUUGCGGCCGCGUGGCCUUUCAGAUGAAGGACAUUUUCAGCUAGUUUUCUCAUUGCAACAGCAGACGGUUGAUCUGAUGGCUCUUCCUUUCCAGUGAAUACUGGUAGUGCUGCAAGAAAAUGGGCUUUAAAUGUCUGUUCUCUGCUGCAUCCCACUGUCAAGUAAUCGGUUUUUGGCAAUAGUGCACAAUUCUUUCCCCUCUGACCCCCUAGUAUUAUUUCCAGACAGCCCUGCGUGGGGUGUGCUUCCUGGCUCUGGGGCUGUGGAGUGCAUUGGGUGCAAUGUGAGGAGGG